AUGGCUUACGAGCAUCAGAUUGAGUUGAUAUUCGACAAAGCCAGCGAGUAUGGCGUGACUGUUGACACUAUCGCAAAGCAUUAUCGCACUUGUCUCAGAAAGAUCCAGACUGAUCGAGUUGACUUGAAUAUUCAUAUUCAAUUCUACUACGCUGAGUGUCAAACCUGGUACUUCUUCUUCGAGAACUUUCCUGGUAUUGAACCUUCCUCCUCGAUCUCCGAUCCCAAAGUCAUCAAUACAUCGAUCCUCGCCAAUACAAGCACCGAGGGAGGUCUUGUCGGUAUGACUACUCGUCAUGAGAAUGCUGCUAAGAAGAUCUAUGAUCAUGCAAAGGCCAUGAAUAUCAUUGCAAAGCAAUCGGCUGAGCAAUACCAAAGUAAGUGUAACAAGGUAGUCGAGUUGCAGACCUUACGCAGCAGCAACACGUCCACUGCUGGUCUCGAGAAGCGAAUCAAGAAGUUGGAGGGGGAGCUCAAGCAUGAACGAAAUGUUACUAGGGAGAAGGGUGACAUGCUCAAGGCUCUCAAGAAGAGUAGCGGCAUCCAGAAGGAGAAAUUCAGAAACUUGGGUCGGAAGGUUAUUUCCAAGCUGGAGCGCAAGGGUGUCGAUGUCACUAAGCUUCUGGAGGACUUGAAGGCCAUUGAUGCGACUGAAGAGUUGCCUGAGAUCGAGGAGGAAGAUGUUGUAGCGACUACCAAUGCUGCAGUACAAGAGGCUACAGACAGUCUCUUUGUUAACUGA